AUGCAAGCAUCCCAGGAACCUCAAACAUCGUCCGGUAUCCACAGUUUGUACCAUCAACCUAUGCAGCAGAUCGAGCCAUAUUGCUUUUCUCCUUUGCAAGUUCUGAACAGCAGUUCAAGUGGUAUUGGAGUUAGCCAAGGGACUGAAGUUUCUUUUCAAACUUGCACCGAACAAUUCUUCACUUUGGAAUCAACACCAGCAACUGAUUAUGUUAUCUACAAUUCACCUGCAGCUGGAAGUGUCGCGUCUAACAGGAGCCCAUUUUCUCCCCCGUGUUCUCAAUCCUACAUGUCUGAUAUCCAUCAUUCAUCUGAUAAUAAUUACGGUUCACCAUUGAGUGGGCAUUCCGGGGUUAAUGAUGACAACAAAUUGAUGCAAGCACUCAUGGUAUUGAGGGAUGAAUUGUUGGGACCUGAAUCUGAAAUGGAUGACAGUUGCUCCUUUUACGGUGUACCCUCACAAACUUCUACCUUGAAUAAAUUCAACCGAAUCAUAGAAAUGGCACCCAACAUGGACCUGAAACAGGUGCUCGUUGCAUGCGCCGAAGCAGUAUCAGAACACGAUGUAUCAAGUGCAGAAGCUCUGAUGGACAUAUUAGAAAGAAGGGUUUCAGUAUCCGGUGAGCCUAUAGAAAGGCUGAGUGCAUACAUGUUGGAAGGGCUCAGGGCAAGAUUGUUGUCCUCAGGGAGUAUAAUCUACAAAAAGUUGAAGUGCAAAGAGAUAACAAGUUCAGAAUUGAUAUCUUACAUGCAGGUGCUUUAUCAUGUCUGCCCGUAUUACAAGUUCGCGUAUAUGUCUGCCAAUGUCGUAAUUGGGGAAGCCAUGGAAAAUGAGAAUAGAAUCCACAUAAUUGAUUUUCAGAUUGCACAGGGUAGUCAGUGGGUAUUUCUUAUUCGGGCUCUUGCAGGUCGGCCUGGUGGACCUCCAUAUAUCCACAUUACUGGUGUUGAUGAUUCCCAAUCUGCUCAUGCACGAGGUGGAGGACUUGAGCUAGUGGGUGAGACUCUGGCAAAAGUGGCCAAAUCAUGUGGAGUGCCAUUUGAAUUCCAUGCCGCUGGAAUGUCAGGAUGUGAAGUCCAACUAGAGAAUCUUCAGAUACGACAUGGAGAAGCCUUGGCUGUAAAUUUCCCUUAUAUGCUGCACCACAUGCCAGACGAGAGCGUGAGCACUACAAAUCAUCGAGACCGCUUACUUAGACUAGUUAAGAGCUUGUCGCCAAAGGUUGUAACCCUAGUUGAACAAGAAUCCAACACUAACACUGCCCCGUUCCUUCAGCGAUUCUGUGAAACUCUAGACUAUUACACAGCAAUGUUUGAGUCAAUUGAUGCAGCUCGACCAAGGGAAGACAAGCAGCGGAUUAAUGCUGAGGAACACUGUGUAGCAAGGGAUGUUGUCAACAUAAUAGCAUGUGAGGAUACCGACAGGGUGGAAAGGCAUGAGCUUUUUGGAAAAUGGAGGUUGAGACUCAUGAUGGCCGGAUUUUCUCCAAUCCCAUUGAGUCAAUCGGUAAGCACCGCCAUUAUGGACAUGUUAAAUGAGUAUAGCCCCAAUUACAGAAUCGCGGAGAGCAAUGGCGCUCUAUAUCUUGGAUGGAAGAACAGAGCUAUGGCUACAUCUUCUGCUUGGAAAUAA